AUGAAAUCUAACUCCUCAAAAACGAAAACAAUUUUAUCUUUUUUUGCAUCAUCGGCAACAAAAAAACAAAAAAUAGAUGAUCAACAAUCGAACUCUUCAUCGACAUCUGCAGAAACAGGAACAGGACCUGUUCCAUCUGAAGGAUCAAAUUUACCUUCUGAAGUUACUCCAAUUGGUGAUAUACAUGUUGAUUCAAUUACUACUUGUGAUGAUUUUGUAUCUAAAUUAUCAUCACCGAAAAUGUCGUCAUUGCCAUCAUCAAUUUCAUCAUCUUUAUUACCUAAUGAUACUUGUCGUUUAGUAACUAAUUCACCUUUGCAGCCAGUUUCUCCAUCGAUAUCUUCACCAUCACCAAUAUCACCAUCUUUAUCGUCCACUGAUACUCGUCGUUUAUCAACAGAUCCAGCAUCAAACAUUUUAUCUAUUGAUACUGGCCGUUUAUUAGAUGGCUCACCGUCGAUUCCAUCGUCGUUAUUACUUAAUGAUACUUGUCGUUUACAAACCAAUUCACCUUUACAACCUGUUUCUCCAUCGAUAUCGUUAGCAUCAUCAAAAUCACCAUCUUCAUCAUCUAUUGAUACUCGUCGUUUUUCAACAGAUUCAUCAAUAGAACUUGUUUCAUCACUAUCACCAUUAUUACCUACUGAUAUUAGUCGAUCUUCAGCUGAUCCGCCAGCACAACCAAUAUUACCAUCAUAUAAAUUCAAUAGUGAUAAUCGCUCAUUUCAAAAGCAAUGA